AUGUUUUUCCUGACUCCUGUCUUGGCAGCAGUUGUCUGCAUUUUGAUUGUGUGGAUCUUUAAAAACGCUGAUAGAAGCAUGGAGAGAAGAGAGGAGGAGGCUAGAGCCAGGGCCGAGGCUCGUCCCCGGGUGGAUGAAGACUUACAACACAGCACUGACCUCGACCAAGUGGAAGAAGCUGGAGAUGCUGAUGAAUCGCAAGAGUCAGAGGAAAAUGUUGAACACAUUGCAUUCUCCCACAUCCGGUACCCUGAGAAGGAAAUGGUUAAGAGAUCCCAGGAAUUUUAUGAACUUCUCAACAAGAGACGGUCUCUCAGAUUCAUAAGUAAUGAGCAAGUCCCAAUGGAAGUCAUUGAUAAUGUCAUCAAAACAGCAGGAACAGCCCCAAGUGGGGCCCACACGGAGCCCUGGACCUUUGUGGUUGUGAAGGAUCCGGACAUGAAACAUAAGAUUCGAGGGAUCAUUGAGGAGGAAGAGGAAAUAAACUACUUGAAAAGAAUGGGACACCGAUGGGUUACAGACCUGAAGAAACUGAGAACCAAUUGGAUUAAAGAGUACCUGGACACAGCUCCUGUUUUAAUUCUCAUUUUCAAACAAGUAUAUGGUUUUGCUGCAAAUGGCAAAAGAAAGGUCCACCACUACAACGAGAUCAGUGUUUCCAUCGCUUGCGGCAUCCUCCUGGCUGCCCUGCAGAAUGCAGGACUGGUGACUGUCACUACCACUCCUCUCAACUGUGGCCCCCGUCUGCGGCUGCUCCUGGGCCGCCCUGCAAAUGAAAAGUUGCUGAUGCUGCUCCCCGUGGGGUACCCCAGCAAAGAGGCCACGGUGCUCGACCUGAAACGGAAACGUCUGGAUCAGAUCAUGGUGACUGUGUAGGCAGGAGACCAGCAGGGAGAGGCUGGAAGGCGAUGCCCCUGCUCCCUCUCCUGUCCCUCUUGGGUCUGUGGGCUGCUCUUUCUCUGGGCGUUAGGUCUCCCCAACAUCCACUUCACAACGGUGGCCACUCUGUGUGUCAAGACGCUUUUCCACGUUCUCCAGCACUUUGAGUCUGAGAAGCCCUGCCUCUGAUAGACAGUGUAACCAGGUGAACACAUAGACUAAUAGGUCAACAGAGACAUUCUCUUCAAUUUCUCAUCCGCUUUGGAAAUGCAUUAAAAUUUCACCAAGAACAUGCCCUGGUUUUAAGUUUUUUUAAUUGUUCCAGAAAAAUCACUGGUGAUUUUUUAUUUUACUUUUUAAUUUUUAUUUUUAUUUAUUUAUUUUUCCCCCAAAGCACCAGUAGAUAGUUGUAUGUCAUAGCUGCACAUCUUUCUAGUUGCCGUAUGUGGGACACGGCCUCAGCAUGGUCGGAGAAGCGGUGUGUCGGUGCGCGCCCGGGAUCUGAACCCGGGCCGCCAGUAGCGGAGCGUGCGCACUCAACCACUAAGCCACGGGGCCGGCCCUAUUUUACUUUUUAAAAACUCACAUAGAGGAAAGAGUCAUCAGAAAAUUUAAUGUCGUCCCAAGAAUUCAGUGAUGUGAUGAUUCUUGAAUUUCAAUUUAGACUACUCAAAUGGCCUUCUGCCCUCUGAUUUCUCAUGGCUUUUAGGCAAAGGAUGUACUUUUGAGAUACACUCUUUUACAGAACUCCAUGGGUAUUCUGCCAGUUUCAAAUAAGUAACCAUCAAAAUAACUAAAACAUCACAGAGCAGAACAGAACAGCACAUGCUCGUAGGUGAGUCUGACAGGCAACCAUCUGAACACGUAAAUGGUUAGUUGCACCAUGCAGUGGUGUCUUGGAGGUGG